AUGAUGAGGAAGAACAAUUUGUGUCCGUCAGACAGUGGUAAAACGGAAUUACCCGCUCAUAUAGAAUUAUUAUCAAAAUUUCCAUAUUUAAAAUUUUGUACAGCUCAAACAAUGUUGAAUGGAAAACGUGUACUUCAAUUGAUCAUUCAUUUAUUAAUGAGGAAAAUGAAACAUUUAAAAAAACGUCUUACGGAUAAAAAAGUAUUCAUUGGUAUUAAAACAUUAUUAGAUUUAAUUGAAGUAGCAAAACAAGCCAAUGAUAAAUAUCAUGUGGCAAAAUUUCUUGCUACACUUGAAGGAACGGGCGGUAUGGUGUGA